CUCCCGAAAAUAUCAUCACCCACUGUCCACUUCCUAAUUGUUAUCCGCUUGCUUUGAUGCUUUCAACAAUGGCGGCCGUGUUGCAACAAGAGGAAGUAGUGAUAGUUGGAGCUGGGAUAGCUGGACUAGCAACAUCUGUAGCUCUUCACAGGCUCGGAAUCAGAAGCCUGGUACUGGAGUCAGCACCAAGCUUGAGGGUUACUGGGUUUGCUCUGGCGACAUGGACGAAUGCUUGGAAAGCUCUGGAUGCUCUUGGGUUAGGGGACGCUCUUCGCCAGCAACAUAAGCUGAUUGAUGGAGUGGUGCUUGCUUCCACGAUUACAGAACAGACCAGCGCAGAGGUGCCUUUCUCUGGUAACGGACAUGAAGCUCGAUGUGUGCAGAGGAAGCUGUUGCUUGAAGCCAUGGAGAAGGAGCUUCCGGAGGGCACUAUCAGGUACUCAUCAAAUGUUGUUUCCAUGGAAGAUUCGGGAUCGGAUUCUGGGUGCUUAGUGAAGUCACUGCAUCUUUCUGAUGGUACCGUUAUCAAAACUAAGGUGUUGAUCGGCUGUGAUGGAGUGAAUUCCAUGGUGGCUAAGUGGCUAGGAUUCAGCAAGGCAGCAUUCACUGGAAGAUCAGCAGUUAGAAGCGUUGCAAUAUUUCCACAAGGCCAUGAAUUCGUCUCUAAGUUCCUUCUGUUUGUUGGGAAGGGCUUUCGAGCUGGUUGUAUUGCUUGUGAUGACAAAACCUUGUACUGGUUCUUCACUUGGACACCCUCUACCCAAGAGAAGGAUCUCCAAGAUAACCCGGCUAAGUUGAAGGAAUUUGUACUAAGCAAACUCCAGAACACACCUGACAUGAAGAAAGUCGUGGAGAACACUGAGACAGAAAGAAUCAUGUCCUCCCCAUUACGAUACAGGCGGCCAUGGGAGGUUCUGAUGGGGAACAUAAGCAAAGGCAAUGUCUGUGUUGCAGGGGAUGCCCUGCAUCCAAUGACUCCUGAUAUCGGCCAAGGCGGCUGCUCUGCCUUGGAAGAUGGUGUCACACUUGGCAGGUGCCUUGCUGAAGCCUUGAAGAAGCAUUCUUCUGGCAUGGGAAGUGCAGAGAUAGACAAGGAAGAGUCUAAAAGGAUUGAGGCUGCAUUGAGUAAAUAUGCGAAAGAAAGGAGAUGGAGGAGCUUUGAGCUCAUUGCCACAUCUUACUUAGUGGGUCGUGUGCAGCAAAGUGAAGGAAAGAUUGGGACUUUUGUGAGAGAUCAUGUGCUGGCUAAGUUUCUUGCAGGGUUGUUGCUGAAGAGAGCUGAAUUUGACUGUGGAAAGCUCAGCAGCUACUAGCAGAGUGUGUUUUGUAGUAGAUUUUCUCUUUGGUUUUGAGGGAAGAUGUGAAAUCCAAGGGUAAAAUUGAAAGGUAAAAUAUGUAUUUCAUUACAUACUACUGAUACUAGCAUACAAAGUAUAUAUCUUGAUGCAUAUUUAAUGUGAGAUCUAAUAUGUAACCCAUUUGGCUGAAAGAAAGACCAAAAAAAAAAAAACAAAAAUAUACAUGUAUGUUUGGCCUCAGUCUACACCAUAAAGUUGGGGUCUUUCUGGUUGCAAUGUUGAAAGCUGGAGUUAUCGCCGUAAAAGGUUUUGAUAAACUCAUAAAACAUUGGCGCGAUAUCAAGACCCUUGUGCUUGCUGUCAUCAAUGGUGACAGGUUUCCCAGAAGAAGAUGUAGUGAUUGUAGGAGCUGGUAUAGCAGGACUAGCAACAUCCUUGGCUCUUCACAGGUAUGAGGUAUCUACAGUGAUUGAACUUGGACUUAGUAAAUAUGCCAAGAAGAGGCGGUGGAGAAGCUUUCAGCUCAUACCUACUGGUUAUUUGGUGGAUCGCCUGCAACAAAGCCAGAGGAAGAUCACAACGGUUUCGCGUACUGGCCAAGUUUCUUGCUGGGUUACUGUUGUAAAAUAGCUGAAUUCGACUGUGGGACUCUCACUAGCAGAUAGCAAUCCUACACCCCACUUUGUCUUGUACACAGCUUGUAUGAUAAAAUAAUGUCUGAUGA